AUGGGUCGACAUACGUCGAAUAAUAUUCGAUGCACCUUCUCUGAUGGUAAUUCGGGAUUUUUACGAGCAGCGCGAGCAGGAAAUCUUGAGAAGGUUUUGGAAUACCUUCGUUCAGCAAUUGAUAUAAAUACAAGCAAUGCUAAUGGAUUAAAUGCAUUACAUUUAGCAUCAAAAGAGGGUCAUGUAAAUAUUGUUCAAGAGCUUCUUUCACGUGGUGCCAAUGUCAAUGCAGCGACGAAGAAAGGAAAUACAGCUCUUCAUAUUGCAUCAUUGGCUGGCCAGGAAGAAGUUGUCAAACUUUUAGUUAAACACAAUGCUAACAUUAAUUGUCAAUCACAAAAUGGUUUUUCUCCUUUAUAUAUGGCUGCACAGGAGAAUCAUAUUGAAGUAGUGAAAUUUCUGCUCGCUAAUGGCGCUAAUCAAAGUCUAGCUACAGAGGAUGGAUUUACACCUUUGGCUGUUAGCCUUCAACAAGGUCAUGAUAAAGUGGUAGCUAUUCUUUUAGAAAAUGAUUCAAAAGGUUCAAAAGUACGUUUACCAGCAUUACAUAUUGCCGCAAAGAAGAAUGAUACAAAAGCUGCUGCCUUACUUUUACAAGGUGAAAGUCAACCGGAUCUUAAUUAUAAGUCCGGAUUCACUCCAUUGCAUAUCGCAGCUCACUAUGGAAAUUUGGAAGUGGCACAAUUAUUAAUUACUCGUGGUGCUGAUGUCAAUUAUGCAGCAAGUCAAAAUAUAACACCGUUACACGUGGCAUCAAAAUGGGGUAAAGAGAAUAUUGUCAGAUUGUUACUUGAAAAAGGCGCACAAAUUGAUGCUAAAACAAAAGAUGGCCUUAGUAAGUUUGAUGAAUUUAUUUUUAAUAGAGAAUAUUUAUUUUGGUUUUGUGUUAUAUUAGCACCACUUCAUUGUGCUGCUCGAUCAGGUCAUGAUCAAGUAGUUGAUUUAUUACUUGAAAGUGGUGCUCCAUUUGGUGCAAAAACUAAAAAUGGUCUCUCAGCACUUCAUAUGGCUGCACAAGGUGAUCAUGUUGAUGCAGCACGUAUUUUACUUUAUUAUAAAUCUACAUUGGUCGAUGACGAUUAUCUUUCGGCUUUACACGUUGCAUCACAUUGUGGAAAUUAUAAUGUUGCUAAACUUCUAUGUGAACGACGUGCUGAUGUUAAUGCUAAAGCAUUAAAUGGUUUUUCAUGUUUACAUAUAGCAUGUAAAAAAAAUCGUUUAAAAUUAGUUGAAUUAUUAAUAGUCAAUGAUGCUGAUAUUGAAGCUCGAACAGAAUCAGGUUUAACUAGUUUACAUGUUGCAGCAUUUGUUGGUAGUCAUGAUAUUGUUGUUUAUUUAUUACAACAUGAAGCUAAUAUCGAUGCAACAACAAUACGUGGUGAAACACCAUUACAUUUAGCAACACGUAAUAAUCAAGUUGAUAUUGUUCAAACAUUACUUCAUUAUGGUGCAACAGUUGAUGCUAAAGCUAAAGAAGCACAAACAUGUUUACAUUUAGCAACACGUUUGGGAAAUAUUGAAAUAGUUAAUUUAUUAUUAAAAGCUAAUGCAUUUGUUGAUAGUGAAACAAAAGAUGGAUAUUCAAGUUUACAUAUUGCUGCUAAAGAAGGACAUGAAGAAAUAGCUAGUUUAUUAAUUGAUCAUGGAGCUAAUUUAAAUUUAUUUACUAAAAGAAAUUUUUCGGCAUUACAUAUUUGUAGUAAAUAUGGUAAUAUUAAAGUUGCUAAUCUCCUUCUACAAAAAGGAGCUACACCAGAUAUACAAGGCAAAAAUGAUUUAACACCAUUACAUUGUGCUGUUCAUUAUAAUCAUAGUAAUAUUGCACUUAUUUUAUUACAACAUGGUGCUAGUCCACAUGUAACCGCACGCAAUGGUUAUACACCAUUACAUAUAGCUGCAAAGAAAAACGCACUUGACAUUGCUGAAAUGUUAUUGGAAUAUAAUGCUAAUACAAAUGCUCAAUCAACGGGUGGUUUUACACCAUUACAUUUAAGUUGUCAAGAUGGUCAUUCUGAUAUGACUUAUCUUCUUUUAGCUAAUCAUGCUGAUCCAAACAUAGCAUCAAAAUGUCAUUUAACACCAUUACAUUUAUGUGCACAAGAAGAUCGAGUUAAAUGUGCUGAAGCAUUAGUUAAUAAAAAUGCUGAUAUUAAUGCACAGACACUUAGUGGUUAUACAAGUUUACAUGUUGCUUGUCAUUUUGGUCAAAUAAAUAUGGUUCGUUAUUUACUUAAAGUUGGUGCCGAUGUUAAUAUUGAAACAAAUCUCAUGUUUACACCGCUUCAUUCAGCUGCUCAACAAGGUCAUGUUAUGAUUGUUAAAUUAUUACUUGAAUAUGGUGCAUCACCAAAUAAAACAAAUAAACAUGGAAUGACAGCUUUAUCAAUUGCACAACGUCUUGGUUAUAUAUCUGUUGUUGAAGAACUUAAAGUUGUUACUGAAACAACAAUAGCUAGUAAACAUGAAUUAAUAACCGAAGAACGUUAUAAGAUUCAAGCACCAGAAGUUUCACAUGAAGAACAUCCAUUAACUGAUUCAGAAGAUGAAACAGCUGAAGAUAAUAUUGAAGUUAUUUAUCCUGAAAUUGGAUAUUUCAUAUCGGCAAAUUCUACUGACAAUGUUAAAAUACAUAAAAAAACGACUAAAGGUAGUCAUAUGUCUGUAUAUCCCUAUUUGCCUGUCAACGAAUAUAUGCUUGGUGAUGCUAGUUCAAAUGUUCAUAUGCAAUAUUUACGUGAAGGUGUUUUAAUGACUGAAGCAGAAGAAAAUAAACUUAAUCAAACAUCAUUUAUUAAAGAAGAGACAGAAUAUCCAAUGUUAGCAGCAAAAGAUCAUUGGACAGAAAGUCGAGAUAAUUUACAUGAUCAACCUACACCAACAAUAGCACCACAAACUUUUGUUUCUGAUAAUGAAACAAUUACAAAACCACGUCAUGCAGGAUUUUUGGUAAGCUUUUUGGUCGAUGCUCGUGGUGGUGCAAUGCGUGGUUGUCGACAUUCAGGUGUAAGAGUUAUAAUUCCACCAAAACGUGCUAGUAUGCCAACAAGAAUAACAUGUCGAUUUGUUAAACGUGAAAAAUUAACUAUACCACCACCAUUAAAUGAAGGUGAAGCACUAGCAGCACGUGUUUUGGAAGUUGGACCUGUUGCUUGCAAAUUUCUUGGACCUGUUAUUCUUGAAAUACCACAUUUUGCUUCAUUACGUAAUCGUGAACGUGAAAUCGUUGUUUUACGAAGCGAUAAUGGUGAAAAAUGGACUGAACAUACAGGUCCAACAACAGAUGAAGCAGUACGUGAAGUACUUGGUGAUGUUGUUGAUUCCGAAGAUUUAGAUAAUGCUGAAGAACUUCAUUCACGUCGAAUAACACGUAUAAUAACAAAUGAUUUUCCUCGUUUUUUUGCAUUAAUAACACGUAUUCGUCAAGAAGCACAUUUUAUUGAUGAACAAGGUGGUUUAUUAAUAUCAUCAAUAAUUUCAACUGUUCAAGCACAUAUACCAGAAAAAGCCUUACAAAAACGUAUUCGUAUAUCACUUCAUGUUUUACCAAUUUCAUCUCAAUUAGUUCAACGUUCAUUUGGUUCACGUGUUAAUGUAAGUCCUGUUAUAACUGUUGAACCACGUCGUCGUAAAUUUCAUAAACCAAUAACAUUAACAAUUCCAUUACCAAGUAAAUCAGCAACAACAAGAAAACAUUCUCAUCAACAACAUGCAAAUGCAUAUACAAGUGAUUCUCAAUCAUUACGUUUAUUAUGUAGUAUAACUGGUGGUACACAUGCUGCUCAAUUUGAUGAUAUUACAGGACAUACACCAUUAACAUUUUCCAACGAUUGUGCUACAUUUACAACAACGGUUUCAGCUCGAUUUUGGUUAAUUGAUGCUCAAGGUACACCAGAUGUAUUAAAAUUAGCACAUGAAAUAUAUCGUGAAGCUAUAUCAGUUCCAUAUAUGUCACGUUUUAUUGUAUUUGCUAAACGACAUGAUCUUAAUGAAGCACUUGUUCGUUUAUUUUGCAUAACAGAUGAUAAAGAAAAUAAAACACUUGAAAUGCAAGAACAUUUUACUGAAAUAGCUAAAUCAAAAGAAGUUGAAGUUGUUAAUGGAAAUUCAAUUUAUAUUGAUUUACAAUCAAAUAAUUUACAAACAAUUAUUAAAACAAACGAACAAUUAACAUUAGUAUUUCGUGCAUUUAAAGAAAAUCGUUUACCAUGUGUUGUUCGUAUUCGUGAUCAAGAACAAGAACCAUCAGGACGUUUAAUUUUCUCAAAAGAUAAUGGAAAAUUAACAUCUAUACAACGAACAACAUCAAUUACAAUGACAAAUGGACAACCAUCAUCAUUAUCAUCAACAACAAUUAUUGAUCCACAAGCAUUACAAACAAUUUGUAAUUUAAAUAUUAUUAUACCAGCUUAUGAUAAAGAUUUACUUGAGAGUGAAGAACGUCUUCGAGCUUUACAUUCUGUUGAACGUGAUCGUCAUUCUGAGAGUUGGAAAUCGGAUGAUAUGUAUAGAAAAGGUGAAAUACGCUUAACUGAUAUUGCACGAUUACUUGGAAGUGAUUGGCCAGCACUUGCUGCUGAACUUGAAUUAAGUGAAGACGAAGUUACAAAAAUUAUGGACGAAUUUGGAGAAAAUGCUUCAUUACAAAUGUUACGUUAUUGGCUUAAAUCACGAGGAAAUGAAGCAACAGGAAAUUGUCUUCAACAAGCCUUACGUAAAAUUGGAAAAGAAAAUAUUGUUCACAAUUGUGUAUUUAAUAUUGAAUGGGUUACUGAUGCAGCAGAAAAAGAAUUAGCUAAAGCACGUCUCAAUAGUCGAGGUGGUAGUGUUGAUGGCACAGCAAUUAGUGGUCGACGAUUGGAUGAAGGUUUUGAAAGUGAUGAUGAAUAUGAACGUCGACGACAAGGAAAAUCUAAUUUCUUAACUGAUGAUACUAAUCGAAUACCAACAACAACAAUUAUAAAAACGAUAACAUUUGAAGAAAUAGGUGAAGAUGAUCUAGGAGGAAAAAAACCGACCAAUGAAAAAAUAGUCUCACAAUUUAAACAAUUAGAACCACUUAAAAUGGUUAAACGUGAUCAUUCCAAAGAUUUUAUUCCUUCAUCAUCAUCAACAUCAAGUGCAGAUACAAUUGUUACUGUUGCCAUGAGAAAAAGUUUAGGUGAACGUGAUGGUCCUUUAUAUUUUGUUGAUUCAAGUAAAGCACCUACACCAGCAUCACGUUAUGGUGGUUAUUAUUCAAUAUAUCAUCCACAGAAUUAUUCAGGUUCAAUAACACCAUUAAAUUAUCAAUCUCAUCCAUUUGAAAUGAUGCAUCUUGAAAGUUUAAGAGAAAAAUUAAAUAGAUUAUCACGUGAUAAAGCUGAUCUCGAUGAUCCAUAUGGUACAUUAUCAAAGCAACGAAGCACAGAUAUGGAUGAAGGACGAAUAACGCCAAAAGCUAGUUCGGAAUUUCAAUCAAAAAAAUCUUCAUCAAAAUUAGGUGAUUUUGGUAUUGUUAAUAUUGUUCAAGAAGCAACACCAACUUUACCAGAUAAUCAAACAAAUAUAACAUCAAUUCAAUCAGAUAUAAAUGAAAAACCAACACCAACACAACAAUUAGCUGAACAAACUGUUUCAAUGCUAGAUGAUAUACCACCUAUACGUGCUAAUCAACCACCUGUAAGUGAACGUUUAAUAAAAUCGAAAAUAAUACCCGAACCAGCACGUGCAUUAGCUAAUGCACUUAAACAUGCUGUUGUUAGACCAUUAAAAAGAACGAUAAAAAAAAAGAAAUCUUUUGAUGGAAAUCUAACUGAACAACAAAUAACUUGUUCUCAUUCACCUAUUGUUCAUUCAUUUUCUCAACCAUCAUCAAUUCUUAUUGAAAAUCAUGAUCAACAAUUAAAUGAAAUAUCUAUUGAUUCAAAUGAAUCAACAAGUCCAAUUACAUUAACAUCAUCACCAACUAAACCACCACGUUUAAGUGAUGAAUCAGGUUCAUCAUCAUCGAUUGAAGUUAGUUCACCACCACCAGCUAAACCGCCAAGACAUUUUUCUUUAUAUAAAAAUGAAAAUGAUAAUAAUGUAAUACAACAAACAAAUGAUGUUGUAAAAAAAGUUUUAAAUAUUGUUGAUACAUUUAAUAAUGUACAACAAAAUGAUCAUCAUACAAAUAUCUUACGACAAUCAUUAUUAAAUGCAAAUCCAUCACUUAAUUGUCAAAUAUCAAAUAGUUUAAAAAAUAUUGAAACAUUUUCUGUUCAACCAACUUGUAUUACAAUAAACACUAAUCUUCCAUUAACAACAAAAUCUUUUGAUAAUGAUAUAGAUAAACCAAUGACAAUCAAAUCAUUUUCUACUUCUAUUGAACAAUCAAAUAGUUUAGAGAAAUCAACAAAUGAAAUCAUUCCAAUUGAAAUAAUUCAAUUGGCCAAAGAUCUAACAGAAAACAUUUUACAAGAAGUUGAAAAACGAACUAAAUCCGCAAAUUUUGAUUCAACUAUAAAUAAUAAUCAACAAAUCUUAUUUGAUAAACUUGCACAAUUGGAACAAGAACAAAAAAAUAAUAAACCUUGUGAUAAUAUGCCAUCAUUUUCUCAUUCUAAAGUUACAACUCACAUAUUACCCACUCAGACCACAUCACGUCCACUAAUGUUUGUUUCGUUAAGUUCUUCGUCUAACCCUACUAAAAAAAAUUUACCAUUACUUGAUAUUGUUACAACAAAAGCAACACCUUUAUUCACAACUUCAGUAAAAGUCACUAGUCCAUCAACACCUAUACUCUCAUCAACAACAACAAUUACUAACACCGAUGAGGAAUUAAAUAACACAUCAACAUUAAUCUCUAAUAGUAAUAAAACUUCUAAUAACACGGAAGUAUUACAAACUAAUAGUAAACAAGAUAGGCUUGAUUCAAAUGAUCCAACAGCAUAUGAAGAUACAGUAAUUUUACCGCAAAACAUUGGUAAUACAACAUCAAUUUUUUCAUUUCUAUCUGAUUAUGAUAAUUUACGUGGUUCAAGCGGAAGUUUAAAUGAUGAUAAUCAACAAACACAAACCUUACCAUCAACUGUCCCUUCAUCAUCGGAAACCAUAUCAUCAACUGCAUCAUCAUCAAUGACAACAAUCUAUCAAAGUUUUGAUAAUUUUCCAUCAUUAUCAUCAUCAACAACAAGUCCGACAUAUGUAUCAGCAGCUAGUACAUUUAAUACAGGUGGUACAACAACACCACAACAUUUAGAUUCUGACAUAAGUGAUGAAGAACUUGUUGAAUCAGUUGAUAGUGAAAAUUCACCUCAAGCUUCGACGCCUAUAAUCGAAAUAAUUGAAGAUAAUAGCGAACCGAUUGAUGAAUGCGAUAUGACAUUUCUUACUGAAGUUCUUGCUCAAUACAAUCAGAAUCUUCAUCAUCAAGGUUUGCAUAAUUUCGAAACAACAAAUGUUCAAUCAUCAUUUGAUAAAGAAGCUACGCUUGCCAGCAAAGUAGAAGAACCGCCGUUAUCAUCAUUAUCAUCAGCAUCAGAAUCAUUAUCAUUAUUAAUCUCUGUUUCUUCUGCUUCUUCCUCUACCACCUUUCCUUCUUUUCCUCCUUUUCAUAUCACUACUAAAACAUCAUCUAAACUUUCAUCGAACAUGUCAAAUAAAACUUCCAAUAUAACAUUGCAAAAUUUUAAUAAUAUUCCAUCAACAUUAACAAAUCUAAAUGAAGAUAAACCAAUAAAUAAUAAUCAACAAGAAAAAAAAGAUUCAAAUAUUAAUUUACAAUCACCAAUACAUCAACGUCGUUUACCAUUACCAGAUAAAUUAACAUUUGAACAAAAUAUAACAAAUCUUAUUGAAAAAGAAUCUCCUUUAUUACAAUCAGAAUUAUUAACUACUGAACAUGAAUUAUCUGUAUUUCGUUCGCGUUUAGCUGUUAAUGAAGGUGUUACAGCUGUAACAGGUACAAUACUUGAAUCACUUAAAGAACAGUUUGAGUCGAAUCAUAAAACUGAUAGUACAACAUCACCAGUUGAUAAAUAUAAAACGAAUAUUCUUCAACAUUCUUUAUCCGUUCAAACAUCACCAAUUACUGAAAUAUUACCAGAAUCAAUUGAAAUACAUUAUGAUGCUGAAUCACCUAAAAGUCCAUAUAUACUUGUUAAAGCAAUAAAUUCUUUUUGGAUUGUACAACCAAUAGAUGAUUCUGAAGUCGAAAAACAUUUAAAAAGAUUCUCAUCACCAAUUAUGAAGCGGGCUGCUAUUAAACUACCAGAUACAUUUCAUAUACUUAAUUAUAAUUCUGAUGAUGAAGAAAUUUUUAAAGAAAAAUUAAACGAAGAAACUCUUUCAUCUUUAAUUCCCAAAACACCAACAAAUAUUGACGAAGAAAAUAAAACUAAUGAUUUAAUAUCCGAAGAAAAUGAAAGUUCAACAACCGAUCAACAUGGACAAUUAGGAGAAAUGAAAAAAAUACAUUCAUCAUCAUUACAUCAAUAUAAUGAUCAAUUUGAAAAAUUUAAUGAUAAAAUUGAUGAAAUUUAUUCAAUUAUUGAUUGUGUAAAACAUGAUAAAUUCACAUCAACUGUUUUAAAUAAUCUUCAUGUGAAAUUAAAUGAUUUAAAAUUAUUUCUUCGUCAUAUUCAUUUAAAUAAACAAGAUGAAUUACGUAUUGAAUAUGAAUUAGAUGAAUUAGAAAAUUUUUUCAAUAAAACAUCUAAACAUGAUGAUUAUAAUUUUAUUGAAUUAUUUGAACAAAAUCUUCGUGAAUUACAAUAUAUUGUUCAAGAAAUAAAAAUUCUCAAACCUCAAACAGAAGAAAAUUUCAUAAAACAAUUUGAAUUAAUAAGAAAUAAUAAUCAAAAAGAUAAUUCAAAUAAAUCAUUAAUUACAUCAAAAACAACAUAUAAUCGUCUUAUACCUGAAAAUCCUGUUGUAACAAGUGAUAUCUUUUUUGAAAGUAAUAAAAUAUUAAAACAAAAAAAAAUUUCUCCGACAAAUCCUCCUCGUCUAAUACCUGAAGAUGCUCGAAUAAGUGCUUCAAGUUUUUAUGAAGGUGAUAUAAAUCGUUCAUUAUAUCAACAUUCCGAACAAGAAAAACAAAUUGAUAUUUCAAAUAAAAGAAAAACUCUUAUACCUGAAAAACCUUAUAUUUCAUUUGAAAAUUUUUAUGAAGGUGAUCCACAACGUUCAAUGUUUAUUGAACGUCCAUUAUUAACACAUACUGAAUCUUUAGCAUCAUCAUCAUCACCACCAAUAUCAAUUGAUAAUCUUCGAGCAAUUAUGAGUGAUUUAAUGCUUGUAGCAUCAUGGUCAAAAAAACCAAAAAUGAAAACUCAACAAACAAAACCUGAUGUUGAAGUUGAGGCUGAAUCAUUUAUAACAGCGGAAAAAUGGCAUUCAAAAUUAUGCGAAAUUACACAUGAAAUUGAAAAUUUUUCACUAUCACAUCCUUCAAUAUUAAUUGAAGAACAAGAUACAAUAUCACCAGUAAAUAUAGAAUUAAAUGAAGAACAAAAUGUUGAAUCUUCUCACAUGUCUGAACAAGAAGAAAAUUUAAAUGAUAUGGUUAUUAUUGAAACAUCUUCAAAUGAAGAUCAAUCAAAAUAUAUAUUAAGUGAUACUGAAUUUAUUAUUGUAUCUUCUCCAUCAUUCAAACAAGAUAAUAAACAACAAUUAAUUAUGGAACCUUGUUCUACUAUUGAUUUAGAAUUAAAUAAUAAUGAAAAUAUUUUAACAUCUUCAUCUUUGAUUAAAUAUAAUUCUGAACCAAUUGAAAAUGAUUCUUUUAGUAAUGACCAAGAAGAUAUCAAUGAAGAAAAUUUAUAUAGUUCACAAACAUUACGAUUGUAUAAUGAAGAUUAUAUGAAAUCAUCUGAGUCAAUAAUAUCUCAUGUACAACGUUCAAAUAUUAUUUCUAAAACUAUAACAUCUUAUAAUGAUGAAGGAGAAGCAGAAGGUGAACAACAAGAAGAAGAAGAAGAAGAUAUGGAAGAAAGUCAUUUUCGUCCUACACAUCUUGAUAUAUAUUCUGAAGAACAAAUGAAAUAUGAAAAUCUUCUUAUUAAAACAUCAAAUAAUCUUGUUGAACAAAUAUUAAAUGAAGCUAUUUCAGAUAUAAUUGAAUAUGAACAAAAUUAUUUAUAUUAUCAAGCAGCAGUUCAAAUUGUUAAUGAUGUUAUGGAAAAUAUUUUUCUAAACUAUGAUAAUGAAUUUAAUUUAAUUGAAUCAACAUCCAUUAGCAAUAGUAGUACAAGUAGUGAUAAUGAAAUAAAAGAAGAAGACGAAGAAUAUAAUGAUGAAUAUUUAUCAUCAUCUGAUGACGAAGAAAACGUAAAACUAAUUCCACAAGUAUAUGAUCAACCAUAUUUAUUUGUUUCUGAUGUAAUUACAUCAAAAUCAACUCAAGAACUUGGUAGUCUUAUACAAGAAUUACAAACACUUGAACAUAAAAUUCAUCAUAUUCAUUCAUUAUCAUUAUCAUCAUCUUCAUCAUCAUCAUCAAGUUUAUCUGAUAAUGAUCAAAUACAAUCAUAUGAUACAUCUAUUCCAACAAUAGUUAAAACAAAAUCAAUUAGUGAAUUAACUAAUCUUGUUAUCGAAUUAGAACAUAUUGAAGAAGAACUUGAAGAUAAAUUUGAUACACCGAUAAAUGUAGAUAAAUCACCUAUAUCAUCAAAAUCAUUUAAUGAACUUGGUGGUCUAAUUAAUGAAUUAAAUAAUGUUUCGAAACAAUUAAAUAAUCGUAUACAUGAAGAAAUUUUUACAUCAACAAAUAUUGAUUCAUUAUCACAAGAUAUUAUUAAAUAUCGUCGUGAUUCACAAUCAAAUGGAAUUAUUCCUAGUUCCCAUAAAAAGGAUCAACAAUCAUUAUAUUCAACAAUAUAUGAACAAGGUUUCGAACAUACAAAACCAACAUUAAUUAAUCAUGUUGAUCAUAUUCAUGAUCAAUCAGAACAUGAACAAAUUGAAAAUCAAGUUGUACAAGUUUUGGUUGAUAAUAUUAUUAAAGAAGCACAUGAUAUUAUGUUAUCUGAGUUAUCAUCAAAUGUUUCUCAAACAAUUGUAAAAUCUGUUCCAACAAUUAUUAUUGAUGAACAUCUUAAACCAUGCCAUCGAUCGUCAGUGACAAGUAUCUCGGAUGAUUUAGAACUUUCACAUGAAGAAUAUACAGUUGAUAGAACAAUAGAAUUAGCUGCACAAUUGGAUUAUCUUCAACGUAUGUCACGUUAUGAAAAAUUAACAAAUGAACAAGAACCAAUAGAAAACUCUCAAAUUAUUCAAGAAGAUUCAUUGAUUCAUACAAAUUCUAAUAAUGAUCAAGAAUUAAAAUCAAUAAAGGAUUUAACUGUAGGUCAUGAAGAACAUCCAUCAUCUAAUGAAAAUAACCUUAAUAAAUUAUUAAUUCAAUCUGUAUUUCAACCUCAAAUAAAUAUCAUUCAUGAUUUAAUGAUAACAAGUGAAGAUUCUAUAAAUCAACAUUCGACAGAUUCACUUGAUUAUCAUUCAAUUGAAAUCGAACCUAACCAGUUAUCUAAUCAACGAACAACUAGUGAAAAUAGUCUUCAUAGUGCAUCAUCAAUGCAUACAUAUGAUAGUCAGUCUUUAUCGACUUCAUGUUUAAUUGAUAAUAACGAUUUAAGACAUUCAAAUGAUGAUGAUAAUAAUCAAGAAAAUUUAUUUGAUCAUGUUAAAUCAUUCUGUAGCAAGCCGAUUGAAAUCGUAAGUGAAACAAUAGACAAUCAAGUUAAACAACGAACUAGUGAAUCAAAUAUAAAUGAUGAUCAACGAAUAGAUAAUAAUGAAAAAGAAUAUUUAACAACACAACAACAUUUUCAAUCAGCUUAUGAUUUGCAUGAUGAAGAAAAAAGUAAACUUGUUCGUAGUCCUGAACUUUAUAAUAUGAAACAUGCUGUUAAACAUAAUCAUCGAUCAUUAAUAACAAAUUCACAAAUACAACAUCGUACAUUAUCAGAAUCAGCAUUAAUUAUUGAUGAUGGAAAACAUCAAAAUUUAACACCAAGUAAUGAAGUAUCAAGUGAAUUUUUAACAACAAUAUCAAAAGAUAAUUCAUUAGAAUCAAUGCAACAACAACGUCUUUCAACACCAUUUGAUGAUGUUAUUGAAAAAGAAUCAAGUCCAGAACAUUCCGAAUCCUAUAAUGUACCAAUAUCAGCUUUUUCUGAUGUAAUAGAACCAACUAGUAGUUGUCAACGUCCACUAGCAUUUUGUCUAUCUCAACAACAACAACAAGUCAUAACUGACGCAGAAUAUCGUAGAGUUGCAAAUGAUUUAGUAAAUCAAGUAUUACGAGAUGUCAUCGCAGAAUUGGCUGGCGAACAAGAUGAUUCAUCUUUAAGUAAUAAAAGUGACAAAUUAUCUACAAGUAGUACAUCAUCUGAUAAUGAUGAUGAACUUUGUGAACAAGAUGAUGAUGAAAUUAUACAAAAUCAAUUAUCAAAUUCAUCGAACUUAAAUGUUUCUCCUCAUGUAUCAUUUGCAAAAGUCUUGCGUCGUGCUCAAACUGAUGCCGAACAUUUUGAGAUCAUUCAAAGUCCACAUCGAAUAAUUCCAUCACUUAUUCGUCGUAAUUCUCAAUCGGAUACCGAAACAUAUUUUCGUACAGUAUCAUCAUCACUUAAUAAUUCUACACAAAGAAAAUCUCCGUAUGAUAAUUCAAGUUCGGAUGAGAAAUUUACAAAUACAAAUUCUACAUUAUUAAUGCAACAAAAUGAAAAAUAUUCAGGUGAAGGUGAAGAAAGUAGUGGAGGAAAGCAACGAAUUAUACAACGAAGAAAACGUUCAAAUGAUACAAUGAAUACAAAUGAAUCACCAGGAACGAAAAAUCUUUCAUUUAAAUAUGAAUUUGUUGAUAAUUUCAAACGACAAGAAAGUCUUGAAUCACCAUCAAAAGAUUCAAAUGAAAAAUUAAUUCUUAAAAGUUUACAAGAAGGAAUACUUCGUACAAAUUUAAAAUCAUUACAAACAGAUUUAGAUUUAAUUAAUCAACAAGAAGAAAGUUUUCAUGAACAAAUUUAUUCAUCAACAACUAAAAAACUUUCACCUUAUUAUGAUUAUGAUGCUGGAAGUGAAGCUGAACGUGAUGAUUUAAAAAUUUCUUCUAUACAUAGUGAUAUUGUUUUACAAACAUUUUCUAAUCAAUUUAAUUAUAAUAAUUUACAAGAUUUUAAUUCUGAUAGUCAUCCUAUAAUAAAUGUUUCAUCAUCAAUAGAAUUAAAUGAAAUAUCUUCUUCGAUUAAUAUUGAUAUUAAAAGUCUUCUUGAUGAUUUAAUUGAAUCAAUAAAUGAUGAUUUAUCAAUAUCAAUAUCGAGUGAACCAUUAUCAUCACAAUCAGAUGCAACAACAGUUAUAUUUAAUUCGAAUAAAAAUUCCAUGGAUGAUGAAGAAAGUCUUGAAAAAUAUUCUUUUAUAUCUAGUCAUGAUCUAAAUCAAAAUGAUAAAAAAUGCUUAAUAAUACCAAUAUCAAGUUCUUCAUCAUCAUCAUCUCCAACUCAUUCUGUGAUAUAUUAUCAACAAGAUCGUUCAUCACAAAUUAAAAAUAAUUUAACUUCUUUUGUAAAUACAAGUCCCAAAAAACAAUCAUCAAUACCAUCAUUGUCUAAUAUUGAAUUAAUCAGUCAUAAUACUAAAACAAAAUUUCGUUCAUAUCCCGGUUCAUUGGGAGGUGCUCACAUACCUCCUUCUAUCGAAUCUAUUCUCAAUGAUUAUUGUUCAACGACAACAACAUCUACUACUUCUCAAAGUAGUAACUAA